AUGAAGAAGAGGAAGAAGAAGAAGAGUAAGAAGAAGAAGGAGGAGGAGGAGGAGGAGGAGGAGGAGGAGGAGGAGGAGGAGGAGGAGGAGAAGGAGAUACGACCGUUAUAUUUCAGCCACCAUGCAGACGAUUGGAGCCGAACCAUCGGAGGGGCUGUCGUUGAGUUCGAGCAUGGUGCCGCCGUCUCCAAGUUGUCAUUACAUUGCGAUUUCUCUGCAGUUCGCCUCACCGGGCUGCCACGAGAGGCAUCAGAAACUUCGGUAACAGCACUCCUCAAGGAACUGCGCAUAGAAGAGCGGAACCUGAAGAUCCGCAUUUCACCGUCGCCAGCGGUAGAAGGUACUUGCAGUGCCGAAAUCAAAGCCGAAAGCCCGACCUUCGCCAAGACUCUUUGUAGUAAGACGGAACCACUACGACUCCGUCAUAUCGAUGCAGUCCCUGUCGAUGCGUUCCAGACUCGAAUGAUGGGUCUUACGCGCCUGGAUUGCAGGAAGGUCAUUUGCUCUUGGCACCGGCCUGUCAAGCUGGCGUGGCUGAAUUUUGGCAACAAAGAUAUUGCCUCAAAGGUCCAGAGUGGCUUCGAGUCUGGUGUUUAUAAGAUACUGGAUCGUAAGGUCAGCGCCAGCUCUCCAACGGGCAGCACAGGUGCAGGCCAGCGCUUUAAUAGACAAGGUAUAACGGUAGCCCUGAGUCUCGUUCCGGGAUUGGCAACAAAGAAUCAUGUCCUGUGUGAUAUACCCAAGCAUCUUCAGCCACGAAACAUCAGCCUGGGUGAGCCCAGCUAUGUUGCAGAUUUUGAGGCAGCGUGCGCAACAGUGAAGUCGAUGGUUCAGCAGAUUGGUCCCCUCGAGUGGUCAGAGGACUCGGCCUCGACCGGUUCUAAGAGGGCAAAAUUGCAGGCUCGAUUCCUCGACGACACUGAUGCUCAGCAAGCCGUAGCGAUCCUCAACGACGCCCCGUUGUCAUUUGCUACCAAGGCAAAGCUGACUCUACAACUGGUAACCUCUGCAAAAUUUCGAGUCAAGGAAAAGAAAUACUCGAUCUUGCAGUACUCCAUCGAAACCCACAAACAGGAGUGGGAGAAGCAGCACAUCCGGUACACAGUUUAUGAUCCUGACAAGGGGCAUCGAGGCAUCAAGAUCGAGGGUCACCAGAAAGACGACGUUGCAAAAGCAGUUGUUACACUCGGCAAAAUCUUCUCUGGACGGCCUGCAAAACAAAACGAUGAACCACUCUGGACUCCUGCAUUCACCACGGCCAGCCACGCGUACACCCAAGUCAAAGAACUCCAGCAAGAACUCGGUGUCUUCAUUGAACGGGAUUUGAGCAAAUCCGUACUCAGGUUGUUUGGCCCCGAGCCAAACUGCAAACGAGCAGAAAUGCGGAUUUCCAAGAUCAUCCAAGAGAACUCUGCGUCGAGAAAAGUGAUCGAUCUGUCGCCUUCACUUCUGGGUUGGGCGCGGCGCGGCGGUCUAAUGACGCUGCGUGCGGCGCUCGGGAGCAACAUCGCUGAUCUCGACAACCCGCUCAACCCAAAGUGCAUACUCAUAAGCGGCUCCCAGGACGACCGCGCCCGGGCAGCAGCCAUCCUGGAGUCGCAGGACCCGAGUGCCGUUCUCCAGCUCGACAGCGGCGACGACGCCGACUGCUGCUGCAGUGUCUGCUGGACGGCGGCCGAGGACCCCCUGCGCACCCGGUGCGGGCACCUGUACUGCGGCGACUGCUUUGAGAACCUGUGCCGCUCGUACUCGUCGCCCGACGCCAGCCCCGAGGAGUUCCGCAUCGCCUGCCGGGGCGAGGAGGACAGGUGCGGGGCCGUGUUCGAGCUCGGCGAGCUCGAGGAGAACCUGCCGUCGGACGUCCUGGAGGAGCUGCUCGAGGCGUCCUUCAGGUCGCACGUCGCGAGGCGCCCGGACCUCUACCGCCACUGCCCGGGGCCCGACUGCGGAUACCUGUACCGGACGGCCGGCGGCGGCGGUGGCGGCGGCGCCGUGAUGCACACGUGCCCCGGGUGCCUGACGACCACCUGCACCGGAUGCCACGACGCGCAUGCCGGGAUGUCCUGCGCGGAGCACAAGGACCUCGUCUCCGGGGGCGCCGAGGCGAACCGCCAGCUCAUGAGGAAGCUCGGCAUCAAGGAGUGCCCCCGGUACGGGAUCGCGAUCGAGAAGACGGAGGGCUGCAACCACAUGAUGUGCAAGAGCUGUCGCGCACACAUUUGCUGGAAGUGUAUGCACAAUUUUGAGUCCAGCGAGGCGUGCUACGACCAUCUGCGUAAGCACCACGGGGGUGUCUUCGACUAUCCGGAAUGA